AAAAUUUCUGCAACGGGUAGAAUUGCCGCAAAAAAAAGACCGACCAAUGGUAGAAUUCGCAGUGUGAGUUUAACGAAAAAUUUCGAAAAAAUAUUAAAUACUUUGCGAAAUGAAAAAUAGAACAAGAUUUUGAUAAGAAAAAGAAAAUAAGUUGGAGAAAAAAUUUGUAGUGUUGUGAAAUUCACUUCUAUACGAUUAUUUUACGGCAACGGGUAAUCGGUAAAGCAAGGUUUUCGUAUUGACACUUAAAUGUCAUAAUCAUCUACAAAAUAUAAUUUUUUUCUUUUCGCUGGUGUUUGCUCGCUUGCUCCUGAAAUUAAAUUAAAACGCAAAAAUUCUAACGAAAUCGGUCGGAAAAAGUGAUACGUGAAUGAAAAAAGGCAAAGCGUGAAUAAAAGAAAAUAUAUUUAUUACAAUACAAGUAUUUUGUAAACUACGCACCAAGUGAAGCGGAUGAGUUGGUUAUUUUGGGUGUCUUCUUUAGUUCGCGGGUGGACGCACAACAAAGUGACAAAAAAGAAAACUGGAACCGAGUUAUUUUGGUAAUGGUGAUUACACAAGUGCACCAAAGAUACCAGCAAUAGAAUUUUUAACAGCAAAAGCUAAGGCCUGAUAAUCGAAGGUUAAAGAUUUAAUAUCAUCAUCAUCAUUAUCACCGUCAUCAUCAUCUACGAGUGUUACAAUCAAUAAGCACUACAAAAAAAAAAUGUCUCAGACACAUUGACACACAUUGUUGUUGGUGUCGAGCGAAAAUUCAGAAAAAGGAAACAACAAAAAUUUCAAAGAAAAUCCCUAAAAUCGAUUCUCGAAUGCAUGACCAACUAGAGUGCAUGUGUGUGUGUGUAUUUUUGAAAUAUCACAAGUAGAAAAAAGUGUUAUCCUUGAGUGCAACAUUGCCAUUGCCCCUCCUUCCAUCCAUUACAUCAACAUUAUAGAAGCAAUAUGUUAAAAUUAAUUCCUUUCCCAUGUGCUAUUUAAGUGAAAACAUGUUAAAAUUUAUGAAUUUAUAUAAAACUAUAAAAUAUUUGACGAUAUAUCAAAAAAUUUCUAAAAGAAAUCGAGUCUAAAUAUGCGUAAGCAGUUUUGCUGCAACAAACCAUAAAGGGUUCGUUCGGUCGUUCGUUCUUCUUACACUCUGUCAAAGUUAUCUUACCCCACUAACCUAACUUACGACUGUAUGUAAAUAUUUUAUAUAUAAAGAAAAUAAGAAAUAACAAAUUAAUCAAAUGAAAGUCACAAUAAUUGUGUGUCUAACCAAACGAAAUCGUCGAUAUACGAGUUGAAUAAAUCGAAAACAAAAAUGUUGCGAAACAUAUUUUAAUUUUUUUUUUGGUGUUGUGUUCCUUAUGGUUUUUGGAAAAAAGUACACAUUGUUCCUUUCUUUAUUAAAAAAAAAUAAUAAUAUGUAAAUUUGUAACUAAGUGAAAAAAAUCAUGCAAGGUGGAAAAAUUAAUAAAAAAAAAUCCAAGGAUAAUCCUUAAAUAAUUUGUACAAAAAAAUUUUUGGCUAAAAAGCAAACAGUUUUGUUGAAACCAGAGAAAAAAGAAUAAUCCAAAAAAAAUUAAUCAUUUAACAAAAGUCGUUAUUUAUAUGAUUUAUCAUAAAGUGCGAAAGGGAAAUCUGAAAAAAAAAAUAAAAUUAAAAAUUAACAAAAAAUUUUACUCUACCACCAUAAUUUUCAAAGCGUUGUUCUCAUCACCAUCACCUUAACAUCAGGGCCUAACAUCAGCAACAACGUUUUGUGAUAUAGUUCUCAACAAAAACAACAACAACAAAUUUACCUACUUGCUGUUAUCCUUCGCUUACUUUUCAUAUUAAUGCAGCUAUGGCCUACAGUUGUCGUUACGGCAAACGUAGCAAAUAUCGUGCCAAAGAAAAAGCGCCUGAAUUUUUAAAAGUGAUAAGAAAACGUUAUGGUUUAUUGUUACUUGAAAGAGUUUCAGAAGACUCGGAAAAGUAUUAUCGCUUGGAUCCAAAGAAAUCAGCUGCUGAGAAUUGCUAUGAUAUCUAUUCGGCAUUAUGUUGCCGUGAGACACGCGAUACCAAGCGUCUCUUUCUGCUCAGUGGUUUGGCUACAUUGUGCCAACGACAGCAGUGGUUGCAGCAAAAACAACAGAAAACCCAACAACAGCACCAACAUCAACAUCAUCACCAUCAACAACAACACCAGCAACAUCAUCAACAACAGCAGCACCAACACCACACAACUACACCAUCAUCAUCAACAGCAGCAACAACAACACCAACUAACAAAUCAUCAACACAACAUGCAUCCAGCGCUGUUUCGAACAUUAGCGGCGGCAGCAGCAACAGCACUACAAAUGCAACGGCUAUUGUCACUGCUACAACACCCUCUGCUCUGGCCACCCCAUCAACUAUGGCGGCCACAGCGGCGGCGUCGGCGACAUCAACAUCUAAAAGUAAUUUGGGAUUUACCACGGAAGAGUUGCUUUACUGCUUGAGUGCUUCCUUAAUCCAUACCUUUACCCAAGUAAGAGCGGCCGCUAUACGUACGAUACGAUAUGUUUUGACAACCACCAAGGAUGUCAAAGUGUUUAACUCUAUUCAAUUGCCUCAUUUACUAUGCCGGUCCAUUGAUAUAAUGUUGAAAAAUGACGAUGAACGUGUUCAAGCUUUGAAAUUGAUUCGUAAAAUGUUAGCAAUAUCACCGGAAAAUAUAAGUCCGGUGUUGGUUCGUUGCCUGGUAUCCCUGGCGGAUACGGGCAUCGAGGAAAGUGAUAACCUCUUAAGAGCCUGUCUGGCCACACUCUGUGAGUUUGCUGUAUUAAAUCCAACAUUAUUGAUAUGUUGUGGCGGUGUCACCUCCAUCACCCGCAAUGUACUCGAAUGUCACAAUCCCCGAAUAGCGGAGAGUUUGAGUGGUGUUCUAUUGUAUUUGCUGGAAUGGCCCCAUACGCGUAAUAUAUCGGGAGUACGUUUGGAUUGUUUGGCGGCGCCCUAUUGCGAUUAUACAUAUCGACUGGGGAUAAUGGAUAAGAAUAAGGAUGCCCGUGAAUUACGUUACACAAGUUGUCGUUUAGCUUUAUUAUCUGUAUUGCGCAGCUGGACUGGGACCAUUGAAUUCUGUGAUCCAAGUAAACCAUCCGGUUUAAAAGCUAUAGUUGAUGCUUUAUAUUUAAAUCAAACUGAAAUUAGAAAAGCAAUAUUGGAAUUACUGUUUGAACUGUUAGGUCUUCCACAACCCACAUGGACUAAGGAGUAUGCUGUGGCUUUGCAGGCCGUUGAUCCUUCGGAUUUUCAGGAUAAUUGGCUAUUAUGCAAUGGCUUUGUGGCCGCCGAGGGUCGUAGUAUAUUGCCUAGCUUAGCCGCACGUGCUCCCAAUAUAUGCGAACAACAUUUGGCCUUACAGUUGUAUUGUUUUCUAGAGACUGGUCUCCUCAAUGCCUUGGUUGAGGUUAUUGUAUCGAGCGACGAUUCUGUUUCCGUAGCAGCCACUGUUCUUAUUGGCAAGAUAUUGCAUUUAAUGCAUACCCAUUUACCACCGGACAUAUGCAGUACCAGUCCGGCACUGCCGAGUCUAAUAUCACAUGCCACACGAGGUAAUUUGCAUGCAAGUGCUGCCAUAUCAGCAUUGCAAUGCUAUCAGAAGAUGCUAAGAAAUCGCCCAGCUUCGAGUAGCUUAUUUUUGGAUAGUAUUAUACAAGAAGGAACCCUCAUAAAUACAAAACUUUUUCGACGAGAAAUCAACGCUCAGGAUAUACCUUUUGCCAGCAACAGUUUGCAAUCACCACCUCCUGCCACCAAUGCACCCGGGGGUCAAUUUUCUUCGUUGGGUGCUGGCGGUGGCGGUAUAGGUACUUUGGAAAGACCACGUUUGGAUUCGGUGUCCUCAAGUGAUGAAUCAAAUUCGCAAUCAUCCUCCACACGAAGAGCCAGUUUUCGUUUGAAAUACAAAAUCUUACCGUUCCUGGAGAAUAUCAAAGUGAAUCGCUUAAUAAAAGACUCAAAUGUUUUAAAUUCCAAGGAUGGCAGUGGCUGGGAUUGGGAAGUUAUAUCAACAAUAAUAAGAUCAAAUCUUAUACGCAAAAUGGAAGAACCCAGUUUAACGUUCCUCAAAAACCUCAUCGAUUUCUUUAAGCCCAGUAAGAAUUGCUUUUCUCACCAAGAUCUGGAUCAUGGCAAGACAUUGCCGCCAUAUGUACAAGUGGGUUUGGAUCUAAUCGAUUGGCUAUUGGCCAUUUAUCCUUUGGAAAGUGUGCGUCUUUUGACUGAUUUCUUUACGGAUGUGGCCUCACAACUAUUGGCGGUAACUACAUCGAAUCGGGCCCAUGAUUGUCUAUUUAGUCCGCAUCACAUGGACACCACCAUGUGUCAACAGUAUUUUCUAUUUAUUGGACGAAUGUGUCGAGCGCAAAAGGGCAUAACGAUACUAACGAACACGGCGGUAUUUGAACAUCUCAUCAACUUGGUGCGCAAUACCGAUCAUGUGUGUUAUGUAAAAUUGAUUGUCUCGGGCUUGGAUUAUACCCUGGACUCGGUUACCCGCAAAGUUUUGGAGAAAGCUUUGACCGAUGCCAAAGAUCGCAGCGGCCGCUAUUAUGCCACCCAAUUCCUAAUGGUGUUGCUUAGGGCCCGCAUACCCAAUUUUGAAGUUUGGGGUAUACCUUUGAUCAUACAACAGACCAAGGACUAUGAUCGCAGUGUGGUCUUGGCGGCCAUGGAAGUGCUAGAAGAGGCAUGCCAUGAAAAGUAUUAUUUGGAGGAAAUCGUUAGUCUGUGGCCAAAUUUGAAAAUUCUCGGCGAUGUUGGCCGUUUGCUGAUGGCACGCUAUUACUCCCUGUCACGUGGUCUUAAUCAACCCAAGGCGAAGGUUAAAGAAGAAAUCGAAUACUGGAAAAAUGGCUACAAUAAGAGAUAUGUUUUAAUUGUUGAGGCCGAUACACAUUCCAGUCUUACCCUGCAUGUGCGUAACGAGGAGGGCUGCUAUAGUCGCCGCAAUUCAAAUACCCGCCCCAUUAUAAUACCCCCCAAUAUCCCAGCCCAUUUGUAUGGGCAAAUGGUACAGACUACCCAGGGUACAACAGCCUUAAGGAAAUUCGGUGAUUUGCCACAGCUUUUGGAUGUUAUAAGUGCUGGCAAGUGUUCGGAUGAGGCAGAAUGUUUGGAAUUGAAGGCGGCCAUAUGGGCAGUAGGCCAUGCAUCCACACAUUCGAAUGGUAUUGAAUUUUUCCUGGAAUCGGGAUCAAGAAUCUAUGAAAAAUUGGUUAUAUUGGCCACAAAAUGUGAUAUUUAUUCCAUAAGAUCAACUUGCUACAGUGUAUUGGGCCUGAUUGGUAGCACAAAUGAUGGAGCUAAUGUUCUAUUUAAACUGAACUGGCUGAGUGUGCGACAUGAUCGCAAUACCACAUGGCCGGUGCAUCAACCCGAGGACUGGAUGUUGGGCAAUUAUACGCCUAUGCGCCAUCAUUUCGACGAUGUACCGCCCUAUAACUACACAGGGAUGGAGGAUCAAAUCGAUGGUUCCUAUUACACGGGCAGCUAUUGGAAUUUACUGCUGAGUAGUACCAGCACCAAUCGGGAUGCCAUUGGUGCGGCCAGUGCAAGUUCGGAGGCUCAAGACGCUAAUACCACCACAGAUAGUAUUAAAACAUCGGGGGAAGAGGUUAGUGUAGAUAAUCUCACAACGCAACCAAAUAAAUUUAGUUCACCACGGGCUAAACUUGAGAAGACAUCUUCUUCUUCACGACAGAUGGGUGUAGGCGGCGUUGUUGCAGCGGGUGCUGGUGGCAACUCGACUGUCAGUGGCGGCGGCAGCAGCAGCAGCAGCAUAAUGCCAGCGGCGGCCAAAUCGAAAACUUUGCCAGAGGGUUCAUAUCUUCGACAUGGUAGACAUCAGCGUUCAUUGUCGGAAUCAAAAACGACCGAUGUUAUUAGUCUACUUUGUGGUGGUCAAGGAGGAGGGGGCAAUGCAGCAGCCUUACAUCACUCACAUCGAACGCGUUAUAAUUCCUGCACUGAUUCGAAUACUUCGGGUGUAAGUAGUUGUGAAUCGGUGACAGGGAGAACAGCAGCGGCAAUGGGGGACUAUCAACAAUUCCCCUUAAGUCCCAUACCCUCAAUGUCCAAUUUAUUGGAGAUCCCUUUGGCUCAAUCGUCUUUAAUGCGUCGCAUCUCUUUGGUGGGCACUUCCUAUUUGCAAAAUGCCAUUAGUCCUGUGGACAUAAAAGGCUAUGCCCAAUUACGUUCCUUACGACGUCACUGUCGACCUGUUCUAUCCGAAUCUGGUGCUGAAUUGUAUGAUAUUAUAGAUCGUAUAGACUUGCUAUCUUACGCUUCAUUUCGUCCCCGUAAAUCCUCAUUUGGUGAUUCAUCACGCAAGAGUAAGGUGCGAAGUUUAGAUCGUCAAACUUCACUAAGAAUGUAUGCGCAACUGGAUUCGGAGGAGUUGCAAGUACCCUUGCCAACAUUAAAUGCCCCCAAAUUUCUAUCACAAAAUGAUUCGAAAGGUCCUUGUUAUGCGGGUAUAUCCUUACCCAAAAACCUUUUGGAUUUAUUCCCCACACGAAAUCUAACGCGGACCUAUGUCUCACAAGAUAUACAGGAUCAAGACUUAAUGGACAUCAAUCUUUUGACGGCCAAACAACAAUACCUUAACGAUUCCCUAAACAAUGAGGCAGGCGAUGAGUCAUCUAUAAUAUCAUCGCUCUCCGAUGUUUCAUCGGUGAGCAAGCGUUCCAAAUGGCAAGGAACCAAACAUGGUCGCAGCAAUUGUUUAUUUUGCUCACGUCAAAGGAAACGCUCACAAAAUCUCUUACGACUUGAUGGAGGAGGGGGAGGAGGCUCGGGCGAUACCUCCACCACAACACUAUGUGAAAUGUAUACUAAUGCCUCGGCUGCUUUGGUGGCGGCAGGCAUACAAGCCACAGUGGCUUUAUCUAGAAAAGGCGGAGGUCCUGGUGGAGGUGGUGGUGGUGGUACAACAUCUACUGCCAACAGCUCCAAUACAGCAGGCGGUAAUGCUGCUGCGGCUGCUGCUCCUCCCAACUCCAAUAAACCUCCCCUGCAACAACAACAAUACAGCAAUGCUUCCUCCAUACAGCUGUCGGAUUUGCAAUUCCAAUCACCCGAAAGUAUUUUGAGCGAAGAAAGUCUGCCCGAUAAGCUGACGGCGAAUAUACUGUACAAUGUCCAGCGUCUGGCCAAUCCAGUGAGCGCAAAACAAUCCAAAAUGGCUUUGUUGGAGUUGAAGCAAAAGCAUCCAGCCUCCUUUCAAGAUAUAUGUCUAUACUCCGAGAUAUGCCGUACCCUGGGUCGAUGUUCGUAUCGCAUGAAUGCCCGACGUUUUUUACAGGAAUUGUUUUUGGACUUGGAUUUUGAUUCCUUUUACAAUGAGCCGUUGGAUAUCAUCAGUAAAAAGGAUAAGGAUUCGUUUAAAAAACCUGAUCCCAUAAAGGAGCGUUUAAAUGCAGCAGCAGGAAUAGGUUUACCCGCCGGCGAUAAAAUGUCUCUGCUAAAGGAGAGAAUGAAAAGGGAUUUGAAUAAUACGAGCAGCAUACGCAUUGAAACCCACAAUGUGGGUGAUACAAAAAACGAGACCUCGUUUACUGUGAACAAUAGCGGCGGCCCUACAUCUUCUUCAUCUUCCUCCUCGUCCUCAUUGUCUGUGGGCGUAGGAGUUGGAGGGCCUUCCCUUAAACCUCACUUAAAAUCACAGCCUUUGGCCAGUGUCUAUGAGGCCAGUUGUGAAAAUCUACUCUUGGAUCCCUCGCCCCGCCUGAAAACUGCUGCAGCGAUCUUAAAACAAAAUUGUAAAAAUUUUACCAAAGCUCCACCACCUGCUGCACCACCACCCAAUGUGUCCACCAGCGCCUCCUCGACAAAACACGAAUACAAUACCGAACUUAGGAUAACAUCCGACGACGACGACGACGACGGUGAUGAUGAUGAAGACGAUGGCGAUGAUGACGACGACGAAGACCGGGAGGUUGUAGAUAAUCGUAGUGCAGAUGUUAUAAUUAACCUACGCCGUAGCUGUAUAAAUAUGCACCAGCAGUUAAUGGAACUGGAACAAAUUCAACGUGGAAGAAAACACACUUUUGAUGAAAUUGAUGGUGCGGUGGCCACCACAUCGUCAUCCGAUUACAGCCUAAAUCCCGCCUCUUCCAAGCCUAUACAAACCCUUGUUACGAAUGCCCACUCCUACGUAUUUGGCAGUGGCAACGGUGGCAACAGCAGCGGCGGCGGUGGCAGUGCCAGCACCCCCAUUAGCAGCAGCACCUGCAGCGAUCAAACCACCACCAGCAAUCGCAGCAGCAUCUGCACCGUUUCCCAACAGCCCUUGAAUCACACAAAUCAUCGCCUCAACUCUACGCAUCAGCUAAUAACACCGCUACCGCCAACGCCGCUACUGACCGCCAGCGGCAGCAUCUGCAAGCCCAUAGAAAAUGAAAAUACCAAAUAUCGUAGAGGACGUUUUUAUACCUUAGAGUUGGAUUUAAGCUGUACAAAAAAUAAAUUCCCCAUAACCGAUAGAAAAAGACCACAGACGCUGAGUAGUAUACUGGACCCCAGUCCUACCAAUAGUAGUAAGGCAACGGCUGUAACGCCUACAACAACAUCGUCGUCGUCGCCGUCAACAACAUCACCUUCGAAGAGAUGCCCACCGUUGCCGGGCGGUGGCAGUAACAGCAAGACCAAUUGCUCAUUGCAAAGGCAGCAUUCAUUGGGCUCGGACUCUUCAGCGAUAUACAAAUCGCCUGGCUUAAGAAUUUCCUUUACCGGCGAUUCGAUAUCUCCGAUAACUGCAAUAAACUACCCUCAUACUCCAAUGUCAACCUCUGCCUCAUCAUCAUCCCAUUAUUCCUCCUAUCUAUCACAAUUCCAAGACCACACUGCCACAGGCCCAGUUAUAGCUAAUAUGAUCAUCUCACCGACAUCAUCAUCAUCAGCAUCAGCAUCUGCAUCCAAUCCUCAUGCAAACACCAAUACCAAUCGUAAAUAUUUAAUAACCAAAAGUCUGGCGGCCACCUUUGCCCAACCCAUAGGCAAAUUGUAUUGUGAGAAACGUUUGCAAUCCUCUAAAUCAGAAGCGGUUCUUAUGCAACAAUCACCAUCACCAUCAUUGUCAUCAACAUCAACAACAGCGAUUCCUCCAAACCAGCAAUCCUCUAACGACUUGAAGGCCGCAGCUCAUGCCACCACUCCCAUGGAAAUGCCACCAAAGACUGCUGCCACAACGCCCACAUGCAAGUAUUCAAAUUUUUAGUUAUGG